UUCCGGGCCUCCGCGUGGGGCUCAGCUUCUGCGACUGCGAGGAGCGAGAGAAGGUGCGCGGGGCGCGGACAGACUUCCCCGGAGGACAGCAAAAACUCUUUCUCCUAAUUCACCAGAAUAACACUGACCACCAUCUUCACUGUGAGGAGGUUGGCAGAGUCUUAGGAACUAAAGCCUUUAAACAACAGGGACCUCAUGUCUCUAGAAUAAGAACACACCAGAAGCCCCUUGUGCUGGGACUGGAGACAGCAAUUGGUUCUCCAUGCCUGGUGCUCCAGCCUCCUGCCAGAUGUGGGCCACCACCUGCCAGGAGAAACGUCCUCUCUCCAGCCUUGCGGCCAAGCUCGGAAUCCCAGGAUCAUGGGAGACUGCCUUGACCUUCUCUUAGGAGUCGUACUCCUGACCAGUCCUGCACUUGGAAUUUCUUCCUGCUUCUUCAAUGGUUGGAGAGCCGUCUAUCUUUCCUGCAACCUCACCCAAGUGCCCCAGGUCCCCAACACCACCAAGAGCCUCCUGCUCAGUUUCAACUAUAUCAGAACAGUCACAGCCACAUCCUUCCCCUUCCUGGAGCAGUUGCAGCUGCUGGAGCUGGGAACUCAGUUUACCCCCUUGACCAUUUCCAGAGAAGCCUUCCGAAACCUGCCCAAUCUCAGGAUCCUGGACCUGGGUGGAAGUCAGAUAGACUUCUUGCAUCCAGACGCUUUUCAGGGGCUGUCCCACCUCGCUGAACUUCGACUGUUUUACUGUGGUCUCUCUGAUGCUGUAUUAAAAGAUGGUUAUUUCAGAAAUUUGGCAUCUUUGACUCACUUGGACCUAUCCAAAAAUCAAAUUCAGAGUCUUUACCUUCAUCCCUCAUUCCGGGAACUGAAUUCCUUGAAGUCUAUUGAUUUUUCCCUCAACAAUAUAUCUAUUGUAUGUGAGCACGAGCUCAAACCCCUCCAAGGGAAAACACUCUCCUUCUUAAGCCUUGCUGCUAACCACCUCUACAGCAGCGUCUCCAUGGACUGGAAGAAGUGUCUGAACCCAUUCAGAAACAUGGUCCUGGAAACACUAGAUGUUUCUGGCAAUGGCUGGGGGGUGGAUGUCACAAGAAACUUCAGCAAUGCCAUCAAUGGGAGCCAGAUUUUCUCUUUGGUUCUUACCCGUCACACUAUGGGGUCUUCAUUUGGCUUCUCCAACCUGAAGGAUCCUGACCAGCACACCUUUGCUGGGCUGGCCAGGAGCUCGAUGAUACAGCUGGACAUUUCACAUGGGCAUAUCUUCUCCCUGAACUUCCGAGUCUUUGAGACACUCCAAGAGCUGAAGGUCCUUAACCUCGCCUGCAACAAGAUAAACAGUAUUUUGAGGAAUGCAUUUUAUGGACUUGACAACCUCCAAGUUCUCAACAUAUCACAUAACCUUCUUGGGGAACUAUAUAAUUAUAAUUUCGAUGGACUACCUAAGGUGGCCUAUAUUGACCUGCAGAAGAAUCACAUUGGGAUCAUUCAGGACGAAACAUUCAAAUUCCUGAGGAAAUUAAAUACCUUGGACCUCCGGGAUAAUGCUCUUAAAACAAUUUAUUUUCUUCCAAGCAUUCCUAAUAUCUUCUUGGGUGGCAAUAAGCUGGUGACUUUGCCAAACAUCCCACUUACAGCAAAUUUCAUCCAAUUAUCAGAGAAUAGACUAGAAAAUCUGAAUGAUCUCUACUUCCUUCUCCAGGUACCUCAUCUCCAGAUUCUCAUUUUAAAUCAAAAUCGCUUUUCCUUUUGUCACCAAAACCAUGCCCCUUCAGAGAAUCCCAGCCUAGAAAAGCUUUUCCUUGGAGAAAAUAUGUUGCAACUUGCCUGGGAAGCCGGGUCAUGUUGGGAUGUUUUUAAGGGGCUUUCCCAUCUCCAAAUCCUCUAUCUGAAUAAAAACUACCUGAAUUUCCUUCCACCAGGAGUAUUUCAUCAUCUGACUGCACUGAGGGGACUCAGCCUCAAAGACAAUAGACUGACUGUUCUUUCUCCUGGCGAUUUACCUGCUAACUUAGAGAUCCUGGAUAUAUCUGGAAACCAGCUCCUCUCUCCUGAUCCUGAUUUAUUUGCAUCACUGAGUGCCGUGGACCUAACUCAUAACAAAUUCAUCUGUGAGUGUGAACUUAGUGCUUUUAUCCAUUGGCUCAAUCAAACCAACAUCACAAUAUAUGGGUCUCCAGCAGACAUGUACUGCAUGUACCCAAACUCUCUGGCUGGGGUUUCCCUUUACAGUUUUUCCACAGAAGGUUGUGAAGAAGAAGAAGUUUUAGAGUCCCUAAAGUUUUCCCUUUUCAUCUUGGUCACUGUCACCUUAACUCUGUUCCUCGUAGUCAUCCUUAUGGUUAAAAAGUUCCGGGGGUUUUGUUUCAUCUGUUAUAAGAAAGCCCUGAGUCUGCUGUUCAAGGACCCCAUCAAGGGAAGAGAAUCAGAUACGUACAAAUACGAUGCCUAUUUGUGCUUCAGUAGCAAAGACUUUGAAUGGGUGCAGAAUGCUUUGCUCAAACACCUGGAUGUCCAGUACAGCCCCCAAAACAGAUUUAACUUGUGCUUUGAAGAAAGAGACUUUAUGCCCGGGGAAAACCACAUCGCCAACAUCCAAGAUGCUGUGUGGAGCAGCAGGAAGAUUGUCUGUCUCGUGAGCAGACACUUCCUUAGGGACGGGUGGUGCCUCGAAGCCUUCAGUUAUGCCCAGAGCAGGUGCUUAGCUGACCUCAAUGGCGCCCUCAUCAUGGUAGUGGUGGGGUCCCUGUCCCAGUUCCAUCUGAUGAAGCAUCAGCCCAUCAGAGGGUUCGUCCAGAAACAGCAAUACUUGAGGUGGCCUGAGGAUCUCCAGGAUGUCGACUGGUUUCUCAAUAAACUCUCUCAAUGCAUUCUAAAGGAAGAAAAGGAAAGGAAGAAAGACAGUGCUAUUCAGCUGCAAAGUGUAACCACCAUCUCCUAGUCAAAGGAGCAGUUUCCACUUAUUAGAAGCCACAGAUAACUUUGUACCUUUUAUUUCCAACAGUUACCAUUUGCAUGCCUUUGUGUUCAGUUGCUCAGUCAUGUCCUACUCUUUGCAACCCCAUGGUCUG